AUGGAGGGGUUGAUCAGUUCACUCCUGCGGGUGCGUUUGUGCCGCAACUGUCGCUCCACGGGCACCAUAGUGCGCGCCUCUGCUGCUGUCAUUGCACAGAACUUCCCUCCCCCCUCUUCUUUCCCCCCUCCCGCUCCCUCUCAGGUGCGGCUGUGUCGCAACUAUCGCUCCACAGGCACCAUAGUGCGGGCCUCGGCCGCCGUCAUCUCGCAGAACUUUCCAGGAAGGAGGGCGGCCAAAGAGCUGUGCACUGACAACGGCGAUGGGGAGAAGAUCAGGGUGGUGGAGCGAUGUGGCAGUGCUGUACCGGCGGCAGGUGACUGGCAGGGCGUUUCAGGCCGCGAUGAGGGAAAGGAAGAUCCCCUUUAA